AUGGCGAAUGCCCGGUCAAUGUCACCACCGGGCGGCGCCGGUGACGUUUCACCAACGGGUAACGGCUCAAGCCUUGCAACCACUACUAAAAUGCGCAAGAGGACUAAGACUGGCUGUUUAACAUGCCGCAAACGCCGCAUCAAAUGCGGCGAAGAGCGUCCCACCUGUGCGAAUUGCAUCAAAUCCAAGCGCCAGUGUGAAGGUUACAACCAGCGAGUAGUCUUCAAGCCUCCUAUCGGCGACUGGCCCAACCAUCCUGGCGUUGUCAGCACCAUACAGUAUCACACUUCGAUGCUACCUGGUACACGCAACCAACCGUACCAAUCGUCUCAAUCGACCAGUCAGGCUCAGGAACAUGUGCCUGCUGUCCUCCAAACUCAAUCUUCGAGCAGCUUCGACAUGCCAAAGAUGGGCGCCACCACCAACAACGUUGGGCUGAUUACCACUUCCCAGGUACUCCUUGGAGGUUCCAGCAGCUAUUCUCCAGAGCAGACCUACCUACAGCCACUGCCAUCACCACAUCAUCAGCAACCGCUUCACUCACCCCACCAUCACAUACAAAAUUCUGCACCAAACGCAUCUUACUUUCCCCAAUCGUCACCAGUACACACUACGUUCCAAACUCCAUACGUUCAUGGUCACAGUACUGCAUUCCCUGAUUCUCAAAGAUAUACACAAAACCAGGUAUUAUACCAGCAGAUACCAACCCCGUACAACACCUUCGUCGACACCGAGCUCGCUACGUCGCAAGCGCUCCCGAACGAAUCAAUCUACCAGCAACAAUACCCUUCGCCGACGCAUAGCGAAGAACACAAUCCCUAUGUCCAACAAUCAAAUACCUCGCCACAUGAUGAACACUUUCCCCAAUACACACGAGCACAACCUGUUGUGCAACGUUAUGAGAGCCAUCCACAAGCACUUGGUCACCUUCCCCAGCUCAGUCCAAUAGGCUUGAGCCAGGCUGGCUAUGGGUUCCCCUUGGCUUCACAAAGAGAUUCGGCACACUCCAGUUAUCAAAUUGUCCAGAUACCCUCGCUUGAAAUGAUUGCAGAUGCAAAAUACUUACCUCAGCCAGUUCUCGAGCAACCUACCACUGUUCUUCAAUCGAAAAACGGACAGCCACGACUGCUUCUCAAUGGCUUCGCCGGUGACGACCACGUCAGUCCUUCUCAAGUCCUCGACGAGGCCGCGGUCGAAUACGAAGACGAUGAUUACUGGGACGUGCAUUCCGACGAAGAGAUGAUGGACCGAGAGGAUGGGGACAACGAGAACAUAAUGGUUGGAGGCAAAGAAUUCGACAUCAUCCGUCGCAUACACUUUGAGAAUUUCAAUGAGCUCGGCAUCAGGCGUUAUGACGCGUUCCUGUACGACGGUCUUUUGACACAGUACAAGCCGGAGUAUGCAGCGAGCCCACUAAGAAAUCCAAAGACAGCCCGAGUCUUUGCGCACUUCAUUCAUGUGACUGCAGUAAGCCUAUCCAUUUACGAACGAAACCCAAGAAACACUUCCUUGAUCUUCGAAGGCUCGACCUCCCCCGCACAACAAGGGUUAUGGACGUACAUACUACCUCUGAAGGCUCUAGAUCACCAGGGCUUGCUGCAUGCUAUGCUUGCGUUGUCAAGUCUACACAUUGCACGGCUUCAAGGUGCAUCUAUAACGCCCUCCUACAAACACUACGCCUAUUCAUUGAAGCGCUUAGGACGGUCGCUCAACCACCCAGGAAAACGUCUCUCGAUAUCAACUCUCGCAACAUCCCUACUUUUGGCCUUUUACGAAGUUUGGACGGCUGAACACACAAAGUGGUCAACUCAUCUCGUCGGCGCAGCGCAACUUCUGGCUGAGAUUAAUUUCCGCUCACUCACAUGUGAGAAUCGACGUCUGAAAGCCGCUCAAGCCGCUGAAGGGAGACAAUUCUUCAGCCAAAGGCUUCUAGACAGCGACCUUGAGCCAGACGAACACCUCGUGAGCACGAUACUCGGAAAACAAGUCAGCUACAUCGAUUCCGGUAUCAUUGUCGAGGACAACGGUGCUAGGCAGGACACGGAAUCAAAGUUACCAGGCAACCCCGACAUGAGAAGAUUCGAAGUACUUCAGGACCUGUACUGGUGGUACUGCCGCCAUGAUAUGUGGCAGAGUUGUGUGAGCGGCAAUCCUUUGAUAACGCCAUACAGGAAAUGGGCUGACUGCCCACCACGAGCACCGCUUGGUCGAGCAGACGCACUCUAUGGCUCUCACGAUCACAUUGUCUUACUCAUCGGCCGCAUAGCAGACUUCACGUGUCGCGACCGAGAGCGAAAGUUAAGACAAGUCAAAGCUGAUGGCGGGCAAUGGAGACCUAGGCCUGGAAUGCCUGGCGGACCACCGGCGGGCAUGGGUAGACGCCAACCUCCAAAACCUGAUGCUCCAAACGGACCUCCUUCUCAGAUGCAAGGGCCGCCUCCAGGAUGGACAGAUGGCCCUCCACCAGGCUGGAAAGGCCCACCACCACCAGGAUUCGGUCCACCUCAGGACAGUCCACCAACACCAAGAGGAAGUCCGCCGAGUGGGCCACCACCUGCGAUGCCAAACUUUUAUGGUAUGGCUCCUGCUCGGCCACACGCACCGAUUACUGCCCACUAUGCAAACCCAGGCUAUGAACGAUCGCCCCCGAUGCCAGAUAUGCCUCAUCCGCAAUAUGCCGACCUACCUUCUGCAUAUGAGAGUGCAACCAGUGAAUGGGAUGCCAUAAACGCUGCUCACGCAACCGUGGCCCAGGUCCUGGCCAGCACUGAAGCUUUUGCACCAUUACCGCAAGAACUACAAGUCAUUCCACCUGGCGAGACUAGUACAAUGACACCUUUCGGCCCAGCUCUCGUCCAUCGUAGCUAUGAUAUAAGUGUCCUUUGGACACUCCUUCAUCUCUCCAAAAUCAUUCUUCUGCGCUCCCAUCCAGCAAUGCCGCCCGCAGCCAUGAUGGCCGCAGGCGUCUGCGCGCAAGCAACAGGACCAUAUGCGACGCUCAUCGGCCGCAUCACAGCGGGCAUGCAACUCCCCAUAGGCGAAGAUCUCUCGCCAUUCCUAGGCUCUGUGCUCCAGGAAUCAACCAUGGCGUUGUUCUUUGCUGGAGUUCAGUAUCAGGACCCUGCACAGCGCAAAUGGAUCAUCACUCGCCUCCUCGAAAUAGAUCGGCGCACAGGCUGGGCGUCGGCGGGUAUCAUUGCACGUGGAGUAGAAACAUCGUGGGAGAGAGCGGCGCAGAUGGGAAGGGGGCCGCCGUAUAAACGGCGAACGAGGAAAGCGAACGAGGAAGGGCCGCUGGUGCUGGAGGAGGAAGAAGAAGAAGGCGCAAAUCCGCCGAACUGGAGACACAAAGAACCAGAUGCGGUGGGAAAGGGAUCAACAAUGCAAGAGGUAGCAGAGCAGAGUGGGUCAGAGGAAAAGCGGUAUCUCGUAAGGCCUAGAAUGGUGACGUGGGCGAAGAACGUGUUUGGCACUGAGGAGGACCUGCAAGCUGGCAUGGAAAGAAUCAAACUCUGA